AUGGAUAUGCUGUGGUCUGGUUCCUUACAGGCGCGGCUACGCUUCUGGGCCAAGGAGAUUCAGGCAGCCGUGCAGGUGCGGCAGGCGGAGGGCCUGGAGAAAGUGGUCUCGGGCGCCUCGCGGCUGGUGGAGCGAAGUCGAAAGGCGCUGGAGAUCUUCCGAUCCAAAACGGGCGUCAAUAAGGUCCCGGACGUGGCCAUCCGCACCUUGGAACGCGACAUCCGCAGCCUGCAGCUGGUGCUGCCUGGGGGACGAGACCUGGCGAACGUCCAUGACGCCACGGCGCAGAUCGAGCGCGUGCUGGGCGCGGUGGAGCGCUAUGCGGCCGAGUUGCCGGAGGUGAUUGCAAGAGCUGAAGCGCAGAUUCCCAAGGGCCUGAAUCCACAGCUCGUGGAAGAAGCACGCUACUGUCAACAGGAUUACGCGCAGACAGUAGAAGCGUUGGAACACGCCAUCUCCAGCCCCAUGGAGCCUGGCGAGGAGUUGAAACGUGUGCUGAUCGAAGCGCGUUUGGCCGGUGCUCCGAUGGAGCUCAUCGACCGAGGCUUCACCCGGCUGGAAAAGAAGUUCCCAGAGCUGCUCCACUACACCAAGACCGAGUUGGAGCUCCUCGUAGCCAAGCAGGAAGCAGAUGAUAUUCAAGAGCUCUCGGCUGAGGGUCGCUUCUUAAGGUUGCAGGACGCGGCGGACGCGGCGAAGUUGCUGGUGCCCAGAUUGGAGAAGAGCAUCCUGGAAGAGGUCGAGGACAUCAGCAUGGCGCUGGCCGCGGAGCGUUCCUUCGUCAUGGCCGUGAAGGAGGCCAAGGAUAUCAUCGCAGGAUUGCCGAUGUCUCCCGAAGACGUGCACAUCCGCGUGAUUCGUUUAGGCCACGCGAUCCAGGCAUGUCAGAUGUCCGCGCAAGAAGAAGCGAAGAAAGGCUUGCCGGAAGCCAUGGAGCUCCAAGGGCUCCUGGAAGAGGAAGCCGAAAGGCGUCAGAAGGUCCUGGACGAAGCGUUGGCGCUGGCCGCGGAGCGCGGGACGCCGCUGAAGGAUCUGCUGAUUUCCAUCACGGCCGCGCGCCAGGCGAGUGUCACGCCAGAUCUGCUGCAGGAGCCCUACGCCCGGCUGCGCAAGAAGAAACUGGACUUUGUGACCUCAGCAUUGAGGAAUGCAUGCAGUAACGGGAAGUACGCCUUGGCCUACGCGCUCUACCAUCGAGGUUUGGCGCUCAAGGCCGGCGAGGAGCGCAACGGCGGCGAAUGGCGCAGUGGAGCCAUUCAGGGAGAGAUCAACCGACUGCGCACCGAUGUGUCCAUUGUGAAGGGCGAGUUCUUGAUCGAAACCAGUGGCGGCGCCUUUGGGACCAGUACCUGGCGGAAGAAUCCCUGCUACGUGGUGCGCAGCACGGGCAGCACGGCACCGGAGAAGCCGCCGGAGAAGACGCGCAUGGAUUCGAAGCAGACGCGGAAGACUUUCUCUAAGAGUAGUGCAACUGGAGUUCGAGUGUCCAUCGCCCUGGCGGAAGCCGGAGACUUCCCGGCCUCCAUGGCAUUGCACGUGGUGAAGAACAACAAGGACGUGCACGAAGCGGGGGCCGCGCACAUGCUCAUGCCCGGCUUCGAUGUGGUGGCCUCCUCGCAUGAGGAUGACGAUAUCCCCAACUGCGAGUUCGAUUUACCUCCCAGCUCCCAGCCGUACUUCAUCGUGCCCUCUGCAGCCAAGGGCGAGUUGGGUGCUUUCCGCAUCAUCAUCACCGCCACAGAAGGUGUGGAAGUCAUCAGGAUCCCGGGGAACUUCCGCGAACCACGGCAGUCCAACCAGAGCUUCAAACUCAAGUGGCUGCAGGAGAGACCUUUCAACCUCUUCAUGGGUGGCGGUCGCUUCAAGAGCAAAGCUCCCAUGCUGUCCUGGUAUCGCAACCCGCAGUUCCGGGUCUCCAUGCGACAGCCGCAGGCCGUUGCUGGCGCCACCGAGUCGAUGGCACCGGAGCGGGGGAAGACGCCGCCGCCCACGAUGACGGCACGGCCCGAAACGGUGCAGCUGGCGAUGCGGCCCAACACCGCGCCCACCACGCCCAGCGGCAACGGCUUGCGACCGGAGAAGGUGGACAAAGCGCAGCUGCGUGCUGUGUUCGACAGCGUCGACACCCAGCAGAAUGGCAUGGUGAACAAGCGUGAGUUGAUCAAAGCCAUUCGAAGAGACGCCAAAAUGGCAGAGUUCUUUGGUCUUCCCAUGGAAAUUCGUCAGGAGGAUGGAUCACGAGACGAGAUGGAAAAACUCUUCCAGAGCAUCUUGGAGGGCAAGAAGAUCUACGAAGCGCGCUACUUGACAGACAGCGGUCCGAAGCUGAAGGGCUUAGAAGCGCAUUCCAAGAUUGCAUGUCACUGGUACCAGAAAGAGCGCCUUGUGGCCACCACCAGCGAGAUCUUAACUUAUGACUCGAUCCCUACCAUGCUUGCAGCCCUUGGAACAGAGAAUCUUUUGCCGGGAAUGGACCAGGCCGCCCCGCGAUCGUCUGAGCGUUAA